ACCCCCAUAGAUCUGUCUUGUUAGUUUCCUUUUAGCAUAGCACAGAUCUAUAAUUUGUUUCUCUACGUUUGGAACAUAAUACAAAAGUUAUUGUUUAUUUAAUUUGUUCCCGUCGAACUUAAUUUUGAUUCAUAUUUGGACAGCAUGUGGCCGAAAAGUCCUCGCAUCCGUCAGGCGAACACCUCACCUCUGAACAGUAUAUCGCCGAAGGGAUCACCAAGGGCACUCUACACAAAGUCUUCCAUCCCAGGACAGCUAAAAAAGCGUCGCAGUUAUGGCUCAAGAUACCUCAAGAAGGAUAUGAUCCUCGACAAGGAGAACAACAACCAGUUCCUGAACAAAAUACCCAAGGCAGUGCUGCUGACACCCUCGUCCUCGGACAACUCACUGUCCACCUCCACCACCAGCUCCGGCCAGCCCAGCUAUAUGGUUGCCCCCAAGAGCAGCUUCGUUAAGGAACCCUCCCUCUCGACCUCCACUGUCGUGGCACCUUACUUGACCCUCAAACGCCAGCAGACCGCUGCCAUGAUUAAUUACCGUGUUCGCAAGUCGGUGUCGCAAAUGGACUUCAAGGAAGCACGACGCACCGGGAACUACCAGGUGGUGGCCCACGUGCCCUCACCGCGAAAGAUGGCCAACGCGGAGCUCGAGUCGGAGGAAUCUGCUGUUGCAGUUCCGGCAGGAUUAGAGGCCAGUGUGGCCAAGCUGGUGUUGCCGCUCUGCGAGGGGAGCGAGGGAAAGAUGAGCUUUGUGGUCGCUCCGGAGCAGGAUGCCCGCGUGGCCAGCCUCAGGAUUUUCAACACCAUCAUGCUGCAUGCCUGGCGCAAGAGGCGUGAGGAAGUGCGUCAUCUCAGCGAGCAGGUGGAGGAUUACAAAAAGAGUGUCGUGAAGAAUCGCAACCAGUUGCAUGUCUACAACUCGCUCUUCUGCGUUGAGAAGCGCCGCAAUGCCACCUUAAACGACCAGUUGAGACAGUCAUUCCGGGACAAUGCACAGACCAAGCUCUCCUACGAGGAGCUGAGCUUGAUCCUGGUGCAGACUAGGAGCGAAAAGGACAAGCUAGCCGAGGAGUUGUCUGCCAAGAACCAGGACAUCGAAAAUCUGCAGGAUAUCCAAGAAUCUCUUAAGACUGAACUCUUCCACGUGAACGCCGAACAGCGGAAGCAUCUGGAGCAGCUCACCCAGCUGCAGCGCGAGUACCAGGAGAGUCAAUUUUCCCUGGAGGAGAUGAAGCAGCAGCUGGAACUGCUUCACAUCGACCUGGCUCUCAAACGAGAUUUUAUCAAAGAUUUGCGCGAAAAUAUGGCUAAGCUGGAAGAGGUCAAGCAUGGCCUCGAUGAUCAGUACAGCAAGCUCCUGGAGCACUCCUUGGAACUGGAACAAACCCUCCAGGACAAGCAGGAGCAGGUGGUCACUCUGCAGAACUGUCUGGCCGCCACUCUGGGCCAGAGGAUCCGCCAGUGCUUUGCCCAGAGCCAGGUGUACCAGCAUGCCACCUACCGCAUGCUGCACUUCGUGGCCCACUACAUGUUGCCGGGCACCCCGCCACCUCCACCGCCGAUUAUCCCGGGAGCGGUCACCAAGCUGAAGGGGCUCUUUUCGCGUGCGCCCCAAAACGGAGGUCCUAUGGUUGAAGAUGAUGUCCUUGACAGCGAUGACAAGGACACACCGUCCAAGAGUCUCUUGAAGUUAACCAAAUAGUUUAUUGUUCUCUUUUAAUAUUUUUCUGUUGAUUGACGGUUGAUUUUGUUCGUAAAAUCCUUAUAGCCAGUUGUUAGUUAAAAAUGUAUGCAUAAAAAAGUAA